CUACCAUAUAGCUCCAAAUUAACUAGGUUUACGGAUCUUCUUUAACCUCUGAACAGAGUGUGGAGACAACGUUAGAGCUUUGACAAAAUCAAUGGAGGUAUUUGGAAACUCACCCGUGGUCGGUUCCGCCAAUGUUAUUUACUUGUCUGCGUUACUAGGUCGCGAUGGACCAAACCCAUGUCACAGAUGUGACUGGAAAUGCGAGAACGAGAAUGUCUGUGGGAAUAUGUACCGUUGCAAGCUAACUGGUUUAAACCAUGUAUGUGACAAGAACUGUAACCAAAGGAUCCUGUAUGAUAACCACAACUCUUUGUGCCGAGCCAGUGGCCGGAUAUUCCCACUCUCACCGGCUGAGGAGCAGGCGGUUAAAGGAGUCAGGAGGAAGCUUGAUGAUGAGAGUCAACCCUCUGAAAGCUGUGUUAAGCGUCGUCGACGUGACGCUCAGUUUCAUUCUUCUCCUUUCGAGAGGUCUUUUGCUGCCGUGAGCCCAAUCUGUAGCCAGGUUGGAGAUGGAAUGGAGAUGAAUUAGAGAUCUAUUAUAUCUCUGAGAGAAUAAUAUCUUACUUUCUUUUUUUUCAAUUUUGGACAACUAUUUAAUAAGGAUGUUUAUCUAUGUGCUCUUCCGGGGAGAUGAGUUGUAGCUCCCGUUAUCUGUAUGAAGGAGCAUUAUAUCUUAGUAUUGUUGAACUCUAUGUAGUAGUUCUAACUUAGGAGAGACUUCAUGAUUCUGCUGCUCUAUUCUGUACGUUUCUUAUUUAAAUAUAACUUGGUGAAGUAGAAGAAUAGCACAA